AUGACGGAGUUCUUGCAGUCACUACAGAGAAAACUUGGAAACGGUGACUUGAAACCGCUAAAGUUCAAAUCGACAGCGGAUUCAUCUUCCGCUCGCUAUCUGCUACCGAUAUUCAAGAGAUCCAUGGGUGGAUCUAAUUGUCAAUACAACGCAUUCAAAAACGCCAUAAAAUUAGCAUAUGAAACAAAGAGGGCAGUUGUUUUGACACCUUUCUUCUUACAUGGUGGCUAUGUUACUGGGCAAUACAACUUGGACAAUAUGAGAGACUUCAACGAGACAUUCAACGCAAAACGAUUGGAUAAAUUGUUGCCCGUGGCAACGCUCGAUAAGUUUAAAGAAGUAUGCAAUCAUGGCGAAACAAAAGUUGUGACCUGGGAUAUUGGCCCGCCAGGACAUUACGAGGAAACAAGGAAAACAAGAUUCGGGGAAUAUUAUGGGAUAAAUCUCCCACCAGCGGCGGAAGUGGUGGAUCCAACUCGCACCACUUCAGAGGAAGUAAAUGUCUUCGACCAAUCACCAUGUGCUGCGUUUUAUAACCCUCGAGUGAUUAACAUAGAAUUUGAAAACGAGGCUAAGUUGUCGCGAGAUGUAGACCUCCAUCUUGUGAGGACGCCGAAUGUUUUAGCCUUGGCUGAUGAAUUGAGCGAGUACAUUUGCGACGGUGAGCCGUAUUUAGCACUUCAUUGGAGGAACCGAUCCGCAGAAAAACCCUGUGUCUUCGGCUCGAAACAAGAAAGUUAUUGUCAGCAAUUACAGGCAGUGAUGUCAGAGUUAGCAAAAGACGCCAGUGUCGCAAUUCGGCGUUUCAUGGAUCAAAGAAACAUACAGUGUAUGUAUGUGGCGUAUCCAUCUUGGUCCAAGGAAAUAAUAGAUCAUUUGGGUCGAAAUAUUGACCGAAAGAAAAUCUACACUGCUGAUAAUAUCACUUCAAAUGUGAGGGCGUCCCAGAUCAAAGACGAUUUCUAUCUGUUUUCAUUAUUGGAGCAGGAAAUAUGUUCACGUUCUGAAGUGUUUUUAGGUGCCGGAUUGUCACUUUGGUCGCAGUUUGUAGCUGAAGAAAGAUUGGCAAAUGACAAGGAAUCAUACUAUACUCACCAAAUCAUGGGCAUAUCGGACCAAAACAAAACUGUACUAAAACUUAUGUAGACACAUACACACAAAUAUUCUAUAAUUUAAAUGUUGAUCGAUACAUUUUCGUGUGUACAUUUCAUAUCAUUUGACAUAGGAAUUAUAUAUAUGUCACCGUAACGCCAUAAGUUACAGCGUGCCGUAAUUUCGCGGUAAUUUACGGGGUAUUUUCAUCCUAGCAUGUAAGGAAAUGCGAAUUCUAAAUAUGGAAUGGUUACGCGCGUAAGCGUCCUCUAAUAAUAAAAACACAAAGAAGUUCGUUGAUUCCGUUUUUAACUUUUUGGAUUUCGGCAUUCUCAUGAUGUAUCCUGAAAAAGAUGUAUAAUAAUAAGGUUAUUACGAGGAUACCUCAAAGUAUGCCCGCAGACACUGCACCGC